AUGCUCGCGUGCACAGGUCAGUACCUGGUUGGCUACGUUGCAGGGAAGUCCGUGCGGGUGCAGCGCUUUGUGGCAGUGGAUCGCGUCUUCACUCGAGCUAUGGAGAUGAUCCUGAACCGACGCGGACUGGGCCUUGGAAAGGUAUGCAUCCUUGUCGCUGGGCCGGACUUUCCCACGAGCGUUCUUUGUGGAAUUCUGAAGCUCAACAUUCCUCAGAUGCUUCUAGGGACAACACCGGUCAUCCUGGUCAGCAUCAUCCCUCAGGUAUGUGUUGGCGUGAUGCUGGCGUCACCGAGUGACGACAACCCGGACCUCACCCGAAUCGUCACGGCGGCCGCCGCAAUCAUCCAAGCGGCUGCAACGAUCUACUUCUCAUAUCGAAUCAUGCAGACGGCAGAGGUUCAUUAUGAGGAGUUGUCCCAGCACCGUCCUGAGCACGAUCGGGUUGCAGAGCUUACGAAGAAAGAGGCCGCCUACACCCGGAAGUAUGCCGAGCUCACACAGUGGGAAGACAUGCACUGGCUACUCCGAGAUGGAAUCCUCCUCUCAUCCCUCAUGAUUCUGAUUGUGUCGUGGGUUCUGGGUGCGGACUUCGCGCUCUCAAACCAGAUUUGCUUCCGCACCUUCUCCAUCACCGACCGCAUCGACGAAGAUUUGGAGAGCGGCGGUCUCGAUGGCAACGUUUGGAAUCUGGUCACGCAUCCUGCAGGGACGGUGGUCCUAGCACUCGCCGUG